AACGAACCUUCGACGAUGUUGCACAAUCGGAGUCCAAAUUCCCCACUGGUGCCGACGGCGAGACAGUCACUCCCGCUAAAAGGUUCGGCAGCCAUGCUUCUCCCGUUCCGCCUGCCUUUUCUUCCACCCUACCACCGUCUUCUGUGGGUAGCCAGGCUGGUCACUCACCCUCAGUGAACGGCCCCUCGUCAGUUCAUCUACAGGCCGAAAUGACCCCUCCGAGGGAGAAGUGGAAUGCUGGUAAGACUCUCAGACCAUUCGUUUUGCGGGCUGUUGCCGGAGGCAGAUUUAAACGGCUUUGAUUAUGUUUGUCCCGUGUCUUGGUAAUGUUCGAAGCUCAAUUGGUCCUUCAUUUCCCUGUUUGCCAGAAACGACGCCCCAGCAGAAUUCUCCAAUCCCGCCGAAUCAUAAUUGCACCCCAGAGCAGCGGAGGGUUGCCAGCGCUGGGUGUACUCCGGUCUCACGCUCCGUCGCCGGCCAGUCCGUUCAGCAACAGCAGCAGUUUGGUGUGCCCGGUCGUGACAGUGAACACGCCGCGGCACCCUGUCCAACCUCCGUCGCUCGACGCAACUCAGCCAGCACACCUUCUACAGAAGCUGGCGCUCCUAGUUACGCACCGUCUCCGUCAAAGCCUGCUACUGGUUUGGGCUGCUCGGAGCUUUUAACUGCUCCACUCUCUCAGAAGUCCACCACCGAUUAUCUGUCACCCUGUGGCACUCCACAUACGGGCUGUGCAGUCUCGUUGAAUAAUAACAUCUCCUGCACCGCCGCCGCCCAUUACCCUGUAAAUAACUCCUACUUUUCCACCUCCGCUCCCUCCCUGAGGGAAACCUCUGAGACCGGAACUGCCUCCCAGUUCGCAAAACCACCACCACCGCAACUACCAUCAAAUCCCGCAUCCCGCGGUGUUGCGUCUGUCGACUCGACAGACUCCUUUAUGCCGCCGCCGCCACCUUCGCGGCCGUCUCAUUCGGAGGUACCCAACACCAGCGAAGCCAGUUCAAUCUCCGACAGCCUGUGUAAUCAGGCCUUGGACCCCUCAAAGCUCAGUUCCAGCAGCAGCUUAACUAACGGGGCGUCUGAUAAAGUCAACUGUUUUUCUGACAGUCAUGAUGCCUCAAAGAGCAGCACUGAUGUCUCGAAGGACAUUAGCGGUAACACUGACCCUCAAAAGUCCGCAGGCGAGGAGUUUAAGGCUUGUCGGAGUGCUCCAAGUCUCACUGCUCCCCCGUCGCAUGUAGAAUUACACUUCCUUAUAAAUACACUGCCCGAAUCCCUGCUUGAGUGCGCCCUCGAACGGACACAAAGUUUAGACUCCUUUCUGCAAACGGAUUACCUGAAUUAUGUAAUGGGCUUGUGA